AUGCCUCCACCAACCAAGCAAGUAACCCGCGACUCUCUCCUUCCCUCCAUGCGCCUCGCCCCGGACGCCUCCCCCCAAAUCUACCGCCUCACUCCCACCACCGUCGCCAAAACCGGCGACCUCGUCUCCCUCUCCGAAGCCGCGGUGAUGCGCCUCGUGCGCUCCAAGACCUCCAUCCCCGUCCCCCAAGUCUUGGACGCCUACAUCCGCACCGAGGACGGCAGCGGCCACGGCUGCAUCAUAAUGGAGUACGUCGAGGGCGAGACGCUCGACAAGGCCUGGGAAGCCUGUACCCCGACGCAGAAGGACGGCAUCGUGAAGCAGCUGAAGUCAAGACUCGCGACCGAUGGGCCGAGAACCUAUGCCGGCCUGGCCCGCUCGUUGAGGGAACGGCGCCAGAACACCUGGAUCGACAUGGUGUGUCGCUUCAUCGACGCGCUGCCCCACAACCACCAAAUCGUGCUCACGCACAACGAUCUGGCCCCGCGGAACAUCCUGGUGCGGGAGGGGAGGGUGGUGGCCCUGCUGGAUUGGGAAUUGGCCGGCUUUUAUCCCGAGCAUUGGGAGUACGUCAAGACGCUGUUCUGGCCGGAGUGGAAUUCUAGCUGGAUCAAGGAUGGCAUUGUGGAUCGGAUUCUGGAUCCUUAUACCCUGGAACUGGCUUGUCUGUUGCAUGCGAGGGAUAUCAUUUGGUGA